AAACGCGGAUUGAAACAGAUUGUACGACUCUACGGGUCGCAAUGGCUACUGCGCCGCAAGGACAACAAGUUUUACUGUUCAGUUAAACAAGUCCUAUGUGAGGAACACGCCGGGCGGAAUCGUCUUAGCCACACUUUUUAAUGCGAGACACUCGUUGGACAACGGAAAAAUGUCCCAGGGAUGUAUAACUUCUGUGGAGGAGAUCCAGUCUUGGUGGGAAGUCCCCGCCAUAGCGCACUUCUGCUCUCUCUUCAGGACGGCGUUCAAUUUACCAGACUUUGAAAUCGAGGAACUUGAGCAAGCACUACUGAAACAAGACCAAGACUUCCUCUCAGACCUCCUCUGCUCCCUGCUGAAAGGAUGUUACCAGCGAAGAGACAUCACGAUUCAGUCCUUUAGCAGUUACCUGGAAGACAUUAUCAAUUACCGCUGGGAACUGGAAGAAGGGAAGGCCAAUCCACUGAAGGAGCACCAGUUUGAAGAGCUGCCACCCCGCACACAGGUGGAACUCUUGCACAGACUCUGUGACUAUCGUCUUGAUGCUGCUGAUGUCUUUGAUCGGCUCAAGGGCCUGGAUGCAGAUAGUUUACGUGUUGAGCCUCUGGGCCGGGAUGGGAACGGGGCCCUCUAUUGGUAUUUUUAUGGUACGCGGCUGUACAAAGAGGAGCCAGUCGAAGCAAUGUCUCCCCAAUUCAGUGACAGUUACAACAGAGAAAAGAAAAGAAGAGGGAGGCCACCAAAGAAGUCUGAAGAUAGAUUGGCCACGGAGGAGGAAGGGGAAGACUCUGUGAAGGAAGAGGAUGAAAUUGUUGUGGAGCCCAUGCCUGUAAUAGAGCGUGAGCGUGGGGCCUGGUCUCUGGUGUGUGACACAGAGGAGCAGUGGGUCAAUCUGGCCGAAAGUGUUAAGGACAAAAUCUCUCCUCAGGACCGGCACCUGCACCGCAUCAUCACUCAAAACUUCCUGUCUGAGAUCAGAAACAUGAUUGAACACAAGGAGAAAGAGAUGAAGCAGAAGACACUGAAUCUGCCCAAGGAACACAACAGCCUUUGCCACACUGAACAAAAUGGCAGCAAAGAGAAUGGGCAGACACGAGUCACAAAUGAAGUUGACAAGCAGAAGGAGGAGGAUCUGGAAAGGCAAGUCCUGCUCGCUGAACAACGGAAAGAAGAAGAGAGACUGCUUCAGGAAGAACGGGAGAGAGAGGAACAGGAGAGAGUCCAAGCUGUCGAGGAGCGUGCACGUAGAAGGAAGCAGCGAGAAGAGAAGGCCUGGUUGCUCUCUCAAGGAAAAGAACUUCCCCCUGAGCUGCUGAAUCUGGAGACUCACUCACCUAGUCGCCGAACACGUCGCACCAAAGAGUUUUAUGACAUAGAUGAUGAUUACACUGCUCUGUAUAAAGUGUUGGAGGCCCUCAAAGCACACAAAGAUGCCUGGCCUUUCAUGGAGCCUGUUGAUGAGUCUUAUGCCCCCAACUAUCAUGAAAUCAUACAGACUCCAAUGGACCUGUCCACCAUUGAGAGAAAGCUGAAUGAUGGGGAGUACGUCGCUAAGGAUGAGUUUGUGGCUGAUGUAAAGCUUAUGUUUGAGAACUGUCUGGAAUACAAUGGAGAAGAGAGUGAAUACACAAUAAUGGCUGAGUCCUUGGAACGCUGCUUUAGCCGGGCCCUACUGAAGCACUUCCCUGCUGAGGAUGGCGACACGGACGAGGAGUUUCACGUGAGCAGUGAGGACCGUGACCGCAAGGAUAAAAAGAAGAACAAAAGUCACAAACAGUCAGGUCCUGAGAGCUUGAUCAGAGCCACUGAGCAAGUUCAAAAACGCAAAACAUCCAAUAGUGGAAAAGGAAACAAUCAGCAACAAGACUAUCCCAAAUCUGCUUUACAAUACCCUCCCCCACACUAUACCAGUGGUCCCCCACAUCCUCAUAACAUCCACCCAAGACAGCAACAGGCUGGCAUGCUACAUCCUGCUCAACAGUUUCAACAACCUAUAGGUGCUUUGAGACCAGGAAUGUAUGCUCAACGAAUGAUGAUUGACCCUCAGUAUCCAUAUCCUGGACAAAGACCCCUUAUGUCCAGGCCACCGGUGGACCACAGAAGUCAGCAUAUACCUCAGUACAGCAUGCAGGGUUCCCACAUAAAUGGUCCACAUCUUGGUCCUGGAUACCCGAUUGGACUUGAUGGCCAACCACUUCAACCUCCACAUCAGCAACAUUCUUAUCCUGGUCCUACUCAUGGUCCAUCUCUUGGCCCAAGGCCAAUGACUCUUCAGCCUGGAGGUUUCUGUGCCCCUCCACCUGAAGGCACCAUGCACCCUUCACAGCAACAUCCAGAAGGGCAGUCCAUUCAGCCUAUGGGUAACCAGUACCCCAGGCCAGGAGUCCCAAUGCAUAGUUCCUACCCUCCUUAUGGCCCUCAUAGUAUGAACGUGCCCAGGCUGUGGCCUCCCAUAAACCAUCAUGGGCAGCCGACACCUGGUGGACCUAUGAUGCAAGAGCAGAGUGCAACAAGCCAGCAUCCAUACAAUAACAACAUGAUCCGUCCUCCACACGGUACUGGUUAUGCAAUGACAAAUGGUCAAUACAGAAUGCCCUCUGUCAGCUCCCAAAGUCCCAUUGGCCAAAGACCAACAGGGGCCCCUCAGGUCUCAAGGCCACAUUUAGCUUCCAUGCUUGAUAGCCCAGAGAUGAUUGCCCUCCAGCAGCUCUCAGCCUCAUCGUUUCAUCGUGUUGAGAACUUUCAGCCUGUCCCACAAAGUGAUGGUAAUGCUUUAGCUUCUGCUGCUUUGUCUCCUGAAAACCAGCUCAUCAGGCCUGUUAUAGAUGGCACUGCAGACAUCCAGCACACUCCCGCAUUCCCCAAAGGUUCAAGUCCAAAAUCUGGUGAUAAACCGUCAACUGGAGAAAAUGCUUUGACUGAAGCUGACAGCAAUUCUCAUCACAAUCCAACAGAAAAAUCUGAGCAGCCUUCUCUAGGAACAGCUGUGACAUCUGUGUCCAAUCCAAGCACUGAAGGCCCCAGUCAGAAUGAAGAGAAACAUAGACUAUCAAAUCAAGAGAAAAUCCACAGUGAUAACUACCCAUAUUCUCAAUCCCAAUCAGGUCCCCCACAGCAAAAAUCUGUUGAUGACUCUUCAUUACCCCUAAAUGGUCCUCAGCCAAUGUCCCAUAAAACCCCAGAUGAAAUUCCCCAGUAUCACUCUCAACAAAUCCAUAAACAUGUUCCACCACAAUUUAUUCAGAAUGGUUCUCAACAGCAGUCUCAGAAUGUUCCUUCACAUGUUCUGCAGAAUCCUCCUCAACAGAUGGUUCCAAAUGCAUUUCAUCAGUCUGCUCAGAACAGCUCAUCGCAAGUAUCACACAAUGGAUCAGUCAGAGGGCCACAGACAGGACCUCUUCAUGGAAUGCCACAGAUUCCACCUCAGGGGGGUCAGCCUGGUGUUCAUCAGCCUGCAACCCUCAGCUCUCUACCUCCUAGCCACCCUGUAUCGCAUCCACUUGCUCAACCCUCUCCAGCUGAUCAGGGAGACCAAAGGCCUUGUGAGCCUACCAGCAGACAAGUGUCAGGUGGGAGUACAGCUUCCCAAGAUAACAGCAACGCUAACAUGAGAACUGACUGUGCCAGUGGGCUUUACAAACCACAGCCCUUCAGUCCAGAGUCACAAACCCAACUAGGAAGGCAGGAGUUAACACCCCUUCACAAUCAGCCUCCUCCGAUACACUCUCAGGUUCCAGAGAGUAACACUGUGACCCAAUAUGGUACAACUGAGCCAGCACAUCAACACUUUGGCCCACAGAUGGGUAGAGGAUUACACCCGCCAAAUCACCAGCCUUACCCAAACCAGGGACCACCAUCACAGGGAAAUAGCCCUUAUCAAAAUCCUGCACACUAUCCUGCUUAUCACCAACAAGGUGUUCCAUACCAGUAUCGCAUGGCCACACAGCAUCCUCAAGGCCAAACCAGCAUGUAUCCUCCGUUCCAACAGCAACAGCAGCAGUUCUAUCAGCACCUCCGACAUGGCAGACCUGGAUUUCCAUCUGAGGAGUGGCCUAGAUCUCCAUACCAGCCUCAGCACUCAAUGAUGCCCAAUUCUUACCCAUCACCAUCAUUCAUUGGAAGUUUUAAUGGUCGACACAAGGACAAUAGCAUGUCUCCACAUGGCUCGGAUGGAUCUGUUGGGAGCUUAAUGUCACCUGGUCCUUUACCCGAUGGUUCCCAUAGCAGUACGUUGGAAAACAGAGAGGAUGGCAGCCCUGCCAAGCAGGCAAGGACUGAUGAGCCUUCUGAACGGUCUGAGAGCCCAAAGGAGAUCUUGGACCUGGACAGCCAUAAUGCAACAGCCCGACAUCGUACUUCGGCUCAGCCACACCCCAGUUUCCCAUAUGGGCCUCGUGGCAUGCAGCAGAGUGGUUCUCUUCCACCCCAUAUAGUGGCAAGUGGGCCGUAUUCUGGCCAGCACUUUCCCAGUGGACAUUUUGCACCACAGCAUCCUCAUCCACAUUUGAUGGAAGCUUUACAGAGGCCCCAGCACCUGCCUUUCUCUCCAGGCCAAUCUCGCAUGGCUAUGUACAGGCAUUCAAAUGUUGCAGGACACUUCCAGGGAAUGAUGGUUCCUCAAAGAGCAGUGGUUGCAGAACACUUACUUCGCACUGGGCACCAGAUGUUGGGUACAGCAUCUCCCAAUGGUCCAGGUAAUAAACAAGGAGUAUGAAAAGUAGAAUUUCAUUGGAAAAUCAAGGAAAAUGUAUAUUUUACAACACUGUUACAUCCUGAAAUAUACAAGAAAAUGGAAAUGACAACAAAAAUUUAGGAAGAUUAAUAUGAUCAUUUGCUGAAAAAGGCAAGUUAUUUUAUUAUCUGAAGUCCUGAUCCGCAGACAUGCUCCACUACCCACCUAGAAGACGUUUUUUAGCUAGUGAUAACCCAUCCUCGUCUGGAUUAGGGACUCCUUUGCAGUGAGGAGGAAAAAGAACAACUCACAGUACCAAGAGAUGGGAUCAUUGACCAGGGAAAAGCUGUGAAUCUUCAGUCCUGUUUAUUGCUCAUAUACUGUUUGAACUCCAUAAUACUGGUCUACAGCUUCACUUUUCAGCUCGGAAUGGAAUGUCUCUUUGGCCUCAUUCCCUACAAAGGAACAACAUCUUCAAUUUCCUUUGGAUGGGCUGUUACUUGGAAAGUAAAUAAACUAUUUUUUUCCAGUCCAUGAGAAGAGCAAGGUGUGAUUUACCAGUUCAUGUUCUGGUUUAAAAUUAAACUCAGGUGUAGUAUAUAGGGUACUGGGGCAACUGGAGCUUUUUUUCAAGCUCUUUGGACAAACUAGACCUGGUUGCCUUGAUGUACUUGUUGAAUGUUCUGUGAAAGAUUUUAGAUACAGUAGUAGUUCAACUUAAGGAAUAAAAGAUGGAUCUUGUGCUCCACUGGGAAACACCUCACCUGGAGUGUUUUAAUGAGGUGAUGUUCAUCUCAACUAAAAGUAUCCACUUGAUUUCUGGUGAUGUGCAUUCUUUUAAUGCCACUUCAAUUUGAAGAUUGUCUUUUUUUCUUAGACUGGCAGAGAACUUUGCUGCUCUAUUUGUAAUGCACAAGGAAUAGUCUUUAAUACUGGAAUUAGUGGCCUUGGACAUAAAUUAGAUGUGUGCUCCUUUGUAUGGGACUAAAUUCUAACUUUUCACUCAAGUUGUCUAUCUCUGAUCUGUUGUCUUGUUCCAUGUUGAUGUGUCCCGCUAGUUUAUGUGUGCACAGAAUGAAUCAGAUUUCAGAUACUGAGGUAGCCAUCUUUCACCUAAAUAUCUACAGUUUUCUAGUAAUUCAUGGCUUUUGGGAUUCCUUGAAGGCUGGUUUAUUGUUUUCACCUAAAAUCAUUUAUCACUGGUCAUCAAUCUUAAAAUGUUUUUUUCACAUAUUGGAAUGUAAAUUGAAUUUUUGUCACAAUUGACAACCUGCUGAAGUCGCAAUACUAAAAAUGCAUUAGAUGAGAGAAUAUAUAUCAGCCUUAAAACUUGUAAAAGUACCACUGUAGCUCAUUUUAUCAAAUAGGAGAAAUGUCGAUGUGCUCAUAUUUUACAUGAAUGCUUCCUCUUUUAUUUCAAUGUACUGAAUGUGUCCUCAGGGUGUAGUGGUUUUAAUACGGGUAUUGUCAAUAGAAUAUUCAUAGAAAAAAAUGCAAUGAAAUGUCACUGGAACUGUGAUUAACUUCAAUUCACCUGUAAACUUAGACACAGGAACCGGGCAAGCAGUGCUUGGGGUUAAUGGUGUUCUUUGAAUUAGUUUUAAAAAAUUUUUUUUUUUUUUUUUUUCGUUUAGUUUUUUUUUAAUGGGGGGAGAAAGGUUGAUAGGAAAAUGAACUAGAAUGGUUUUGUUCAUUUUAAUUGAUCCUACUGUUGUUGUCCUGCACUAAAUGAAUUACUUUGAAUAUCUGCUUUUUAUUGUUUUCUUGGUCUGUCUAAAUUACUAUUUUACUCAGCUCUUGUUGACAAACCAUUGAAAAUUAACAGCAAUUUGUGAGAAUAUGGCAGCAAGAAUAUCUACCUCAUAAUGCCAAAAUGUGGCACAUUCUCCAUUCCCUUCAUAGACAUGUGGAUAUUUUUUUUUUGUACAUUUAAAUAUCCCUUUUUUAUGAUUUACAGCUUGAUCCGUACAUCAACACUAUAUAUAGCCUUAAUAUGUUCACUUGCAAAAACCGAACGGUAAUUAUUAAUUUAUCAGUGCCAAGUUUGAACAUGAUUAAAACAUAUGCAUUCCACUUUUUGAAUGUUGGUGUUUACAACCAUAAGUGAAAUGAAGGCAGCAUCCUAGAAAGUUUUGCCCUCAUUUUGCGGAAUCCAUGCUGAAGUGGAAAAGAGGUUGUACACGUUUGUGCGAAGGAUUUGACAAUGAUUUUUUUUUUUUUAUGGUACACUGAGAUCAUUUGUCCCAGAAACCUGUGAUGGUGCAAAAUGUCGGACAGUAAUAUUUUAGUAUUUUUGUGGACCUGUGAACUGUUUAUAUGUAUUUUAUGAACUAGGGAUAUGGAAAUAUUAGCAGCUGUGAGAUGACAUGGACAUUGUCCACCAUUUUGUACCUGUCUUAGCUCAUAAGUAAAGAUGUAUCACUUUAGCAGUCUGUCAGAGGUCUGUCCUUUCUCCACUGUUAAUAUAUAAAGGGAUGAUUUAGUUGUAAUGGACUACAAGAAUGUGUGGAUAUUGCUGUGUACAGAUGUUUUUCUUUUCUUUUCUUUCACCUAUUGGUGGGUAUUGGUAAUGGAUCUGUAUCUCUUGAAAUCCACCCUUCCACAUCUCUGCUGUCGUUUAUUCUGUCUGUACUAGUUAAGAAACUAGUUGGUUAAAUGUGAAUCAUAUUUAUUUGUUCUUAUGUUUUGUAAAUUCUUGUAUUUUUUUUUUUUUUUUAAUAUAAGUGUGUUAUGUUUGUUUUGAAAAGGUUCACUUUACCUCAGUAGCAAAGAUGGCAUCCAAAACAACACCUGUAACUUUGUGAAGUUUACAAGUUCUUACCUGACUGACGAAUUAUUUUGGAAAUGGACCGAAGUAUUUUCUAUACUGUACAUUUUAGAAUAAAUUACGUUUCAUUAGA